AUGGCGAGGGAUAAUGAAAACAUUUUAGAAGAGUGGUGUUUAAUAGAAAGUAACCCGUGUAUAUUUUAUGAUAUGCUUAAACGUAUGGGUGCUACAGAAAUUUCAGUAGAAGAUGUGUAUAGUUUAUCUUAUUUUGAUGAUUAUAUAAAUAAUAAGGAGAUUAUAAAUAUGAAUCAUAUAUUGGGUGUUGAUACAUAUUUAGGAGAAAAUAAUAAAACGCUGGAUAAAGAGAAUAAUGUUGUUGAUGUUAUCGAAUUAUAUAAGAAUAAUAUAUGUAUGGAAGAUAAAUAUAAUAAAUUAUUAAAACAUCAUAGUUAUAUUUAUGGUAUAAUAUUUUUAUUUAAUAUUGGAAAGCAUUAUAAAAAUAAUAAAUAUAUUGAGCAUAAUGUUCCUGAUAAUUUAUUUUUUGCUAAACAAGUUAUACCAAAUGCAUGUGCUACACAAGCUAUUUUGUCUAUUGUGUUGAAUAAGGAUAUAGAAUUAAAUGAUGAAAUAAAAAAUAUAAAAACAUUUAGUUUAAAUUUCGAUAGUUCAAUGAAAGGAUUAACAUUAUCAAAUUGUACUUUUCUUCGUAAUAUACAUAAUUCAUAUAAACCUCCAAUAUAUUUAGAUAAAGAGGAUGUACAUCAUGAUAAAAAAAAAAGUGAAGACUCCUUUCAUUUUGUUUCCUAUAUUAGUUUUCAGGAUAAAGUAUAUUUAUUGGAUGGUUUACAAAGUGGCCCCGUGCUUAUAAAUGCAGACGAGCAAAAUAAACCCAACCCAAACAAUAACAACAAUAAUAAGGAUAAUGAUAAUGAUAAUAAUAACAACAAUAACAAUAAUAAUAACAAUAACAACAAUAACAACAAUAACAACAAUAACAAUAAUAAUAACAAUAUUGGGAUGAAUGGAAAAGAUUGGAUAGAAAUUUCUAGAGAACAUAUAAAAAAAGAAAUAGAUGAAAUAUGUAAUUCACAAACUAAUAAUGAUGUUCGUUUUAACAUUAUUGCCGUUAUGAAAGAUAAAGAAUACAUUAUUCAAGAAUAUAUAAAUAUACAUCGCAUAGUUAAACAAAGAGUUAAUAUCAAAUUAAUUAACCUUGGAGAAAAUAUUGAACUAUCAGAUGAAAUUAAUGAAGACGAAUUUCCCUUAUUAAACGAUAUACCCUCAAUAGAAAACCUACCAAACAAUGUAGAUACUUUAUAUAAUAUAGUAAAUAAAUCAACCUUAGAAAUUAACUAUUUACAAUCAUUAUUACAUGAGCAAAAAGAAAUAAAAAAAUUAUGGAAUAAAGAACUGACUUUUAAAUUUUUUAAUUUCUAUCCUUUCAUAAUGUCUUCUCUUAAUUUAAUGGCUAAGCAUAAGUUAUUAAAAGAUGCUUAUCAAAAAGAAAAAUUAAAAAAUGCAACAAAAUCUUGA